GAGAGAGAGGACUGAGCGUCAUUCUCCUCCUUUCUUCUCUUCAGUGAACGCGCAUCACUUGUGAGAAACGGCGCUCGAGACCCAGAAGUUUCUUGUCUCGGCUCGGUUCGCUCUCCCGCGAUUUUCUUCCGUUCCUCCGGUUUCAUUUGAUCCUCAUCCUCACUUUCUUGUCUGUGACUCGAGGAUUGAGCCGGGUGAGCUGCUAACACUGGGCGUAGCUGGAGAGGAUUCUGCUAGCUCGCCUCUGCACUGACUGACCAGACAUUGCUGUCUCCAGAAAGGCUGUAGUCCUGUGGCCAUCCUGUGAGAUUUAAGUCAACCCUGCCUUGCAGAGACGGACCACUACCACUCAAGGGGAGAUGAAGCCGGAUGGGGUUGCCACGGCGGCAUUGGAGCCAAUGGAAACAUUGGAAUCCAAUCCAGUAAACGAGGCAGCACCAGCAGCAGGACAGGAGCCUAACCAGGCAGCCAGUCCAGUGGAGGAGGAGAUGCCACAGCAGCCCGUAGGAGAGACAGGCCAGGUGGAACCCCAGCCAGACCAGGCCAAGGAAACACCAGCUGCCAAGACCAGCAACAAGACUUCAGGAGACUCCAAAGCCAAGACUACCAACAAGGCCACGGCCAAGACAAAACCUGGCACCACCCCGACCAAGACAACAACUGGGUCACGACCCAACACAACCCAGAGCCGCCUCUCAAAUGGCGUGUCAAAGCCCCAGACCAAUGGCGUGGCGAAGAAGACUGCACCUCCAGCGGCCAAAAAGAGCACCCCGACCCCAGCUCCUGCCAAAAAACCAACAGGCACGGCCCUGGCCCCCGCCUCCAAGAGCAAAGUGGGUGAGAAGAAAGCCACAGGGGCUUCUUCCGCCACCAAUGGUGCAAAGCCGAUGACCGGAACAACAGCAGCCAAGAAGACAGCGUCCACGACCGCUAAUGGUGUCAAAACCAGCACCACUGCAGCUGCUGCUAAAAAGCCCGCAGCUCCCAAGACUGCCUCUGCAACUCCCACCAAACCCAGCUCUACAGCCUCACCCAAGCCCCCUGUUUCCAAGACAACCAGGCCUUCAACUGGCACAGCAGCCUCACCUCGUCCUGCCACAGGAUCAACCAGGCCACCCACUACCAACACAACCAAGAGCUCCACAGCUUCAGCCAAACCUGCCACCCCUAAAACCACCUCCACCACCGCCAAGCCUGCUGCCUCCAAACCAACCUCCACUACCCCCUCUGGUGGCAAGCCUCCAGCAUCACAAACAUCCAGAAACACAACCCCUGUGAAGAAAGAUGUUACCAAACCAGCCACUUCAGCAUCCAAAAAGCCUGCAGAGUCCCCCCUUACCCGCCCAUCUACGGCAAAGUCAGCAAAACCUGACACCCCCAAAUCCACCUCAAAAUCAGAAGUCACCGCCAAAAAGCCUCCUGCUAGUAAGGCUGCCGACACAAAGACACCAAACCGCUCCAAAGCAGACAGUAAGCCCACACCUUCCAAGACCCCUGCCUCCAAAACACCGGCUGGCAAGACCUCCACCCCCAAGAAAAUUGUGGGCACCACUACCCCGACUCCAGUGAAACGUGGCGCCAAAGCUGAAACUGCUGCAGAACCUGAAAAGCAAAUAGCCGCCGCUGUAGCUGCUGCUGCAGCUAUCGCUACUGCGGCAGCUGUCAUUGCCGGCCCAGAGGAACAGGCUGCUGGAGAUGCAUCUGAACUGAUGCCCAGCCAGACUGAAGUAAUACAAGAAAAAUCUCCAGAACCAGUUUCAGCACCAGUGUUCGAAUCACUACGAGAACCAACGCCAGAACCCGUACGGGAACCAACACCAGAACCCGUACGGGAACCAACACCAGAACCUAUACGGGAACCAACACCAGAGCCGGUACGGGAACCAACACCAGAACCUAUACGGGAACCAACACCAGAGCCGGUACGGGAACCAACACCGGAGCCGGUACGGGAACCAACACCAGAACCUGUACGGGAACCAUCUCCCGAGCCCCUCCCAGAACCACUGGAAGUUGAACCAGUCCAUGAACCAGCCUCCAAUAUUCAGUCGUCUGCUCAGAUGGACCUCUUUGAAUUUGAGUCUGCCAAUGACACAGUUUCGUCCCUGGGAACUACUGUCAUGUCUCCUCCUUGUUCCCCACCAGGCCGUGUUUCACCUGUCGGAGAGCCACAGAAUGCCUCUUCUCUGCUGGACAUGCAUAGCCAGUCUGAUCCCUGGGACAACCAGGCCCAGGAUCCGUCUGACUUUGCUCCCCAGAGUCUAGUCAAUGUGAUGCAUUUCCAGAAAGAAGAAGAAAAGGAGAAUAAAGAACAGUUUGAGGGACAGAUGACAAGGGAGGAGGAAGAGGAGGAGGAGGAGGAGGAGGAGGAAGAGAAGGAGAACCUGUUUAUGUCUACCUCCACAGCUCCAUCUGCAGAGGCCUUUAACAUGAUGGCACAGCCUCACUUGUUGGGUGCUUCACCGAUGGAUGACUUCGUCCCCAGGGACCUGAUCUCCCCUCAUGAAAAGGAGGAGGCAGUGGAAAAGGCUGAUGAGGAGAUAAAUGAGGACGAUGAUGAGGAGGAGGAGGAUGAAGAUGAGGAACAGAGGAGACUAGGCCACCAGCCUUCAUCCUUGGUCACUGACAUGAGCAUGUCUCAGCCCUCCGAGGAGUUCCAGAUAAGGUCCUCGGCCUUUGGCGGUUCUGCAGGGUGGCAUGGCGACGACCAGCUGUCCGGGAUGGACUCUGAGGACGUGAGCAGCUGCACCAGCAGUCGGCAGCAGGGCGUGUCUGACCUCAGCAGCACCCAGCACACUGCUAUACUGGAAGGCACCCAGAGCUCAGACGCUCUGGUCGACUCAAGCCUCCGCGGCUUUGAGGGAGACGGCAAUCUCAUGGGUUCUCCCAACGUGGAAACUCUGGCCAAUGAGGAGGAGGAAGACGAGGACGAAGAGGACGAGCGGGUGGAUGAUAUGGACCUGAGUUCAGAAAGAGUAGAGGAGCAUCACAAAGGGUUCCAGCAGCAUGAGGACGAGGAGGAUGAGGAUGUGGAGAUGCACAGUGAAGGAGUGACAGAGAGCUGUGGGAAUGUAGAUGAAGAUGACUUUAAUGAGGAGGAGCGUUUAGACAACCUAAAUCGCCCUCCACCUUGUGUCCCCCCUACCUCCUCCUGGGGCCAGACCAACCCCUUCUGUGAUACCUGGGCUCAACCCACCUCCCUGCUCUCCGUCUCCUCCCCCAGCCCUGUUUCUGACCACGGUGCGGCUGAAUCUGAAACACCCAUCCUGUCUCCUGCCCAUGCGCGCUUGGACAGCGGUGCCCCUUCCUUUGCUCCUCAGUCAGAGCAGGAGUCCGAAGGACACCAGUCAGCCCACGACGAGGAUGUCCUGUUUGCUUCCCCAGCUGUCGGCAUGUCCCAGCCCGGCGCUUUGAGCGCCACAGCCCCGGCCGCCCAUAGCAGUAGCGAGACAAGCACACCAGAAGAACUGCGCGACUAUGACAGCAGCUCCGGCGUGGAGUCCCGCUCUGACAAACAGCACACCCCAGUGCCUGCUUCAGUCCAGCCUGACAUGGAGCAGGACCUGGGCAUCCACUUGGAGAAAGGGGAUGGAGAAGAGGAGGAGGCUGAGACGCUCCCUGCAGAUGAAGUCCUUGGAACAGGACCCCCAACCGCUCCAGCAUCCGCCCCGUCUUCCCCCUCCACAUCGGGAGACGAGGCCAGCGACACAGAGGGUGAGAUGCAAAUAAACGACCCCGAUGCACCGGUGAUGAGUGCCGGAUUCGAAAGCCCUCCUCCCACAUGUAGUCUACCCGCCCUUGAGGAGGAUGAGGAGGCUGGGGACAGACCAGCAGGAGAGGGUGAAGAGGACGGAGGUGGGACCACCCCUCAGUCAGCCAACUCUGUGGCAUCUUACGGCUUCGACUGCACCACAUCCAACUCCAACGCCCACUCCAUGGCUGAGAGCUGCGGAAAAAGUCCAGGGAUCUUCUCCCUAGAGAAUGAGGAACAGCUCCCAGAGGAGGCCAAGGACCCCUCCCUCAUCAAGGAGCUGACCAUGUCAUCAGCUGCUGCCGCUGCCCAGGCAGAAGACCUGCUGGGCAGACCCGUGGACCUGAUGCCUUUGGGCCACCCGGGAGAGAACCAGCCUUGCAGUCUAGACGACUACAUGCUGGGGGGAAAGCUUGCAGCAGACCACCUGGAGGAGGUCGACCCGUUGGAGCCCAGUCACCAACUUGGGGCGGAGGAUUCUGGAGACACCGGCGACAGCCAGCCACCGUACUACUCUACCAUAUGUGAUAAGACUGAUAGUUUUCUGGCAGGUAAUGUAUAAGUCCCUCCUAUUACCCCUGGAAUGCACCUUUUCCCCGCAACCCUCCCCCGUUACCUGUUGUUCGUUUUCUCUCCAGUUGGGUUAGAUGGCUUAGAAAAAAAAGAGAAAAAAAGGAGAGCAAGAUUGUAGGAAAAGAUUUUAAAAAAUAAACAAAGGAGAUGGGAAAAAAUGACUGUAGCAAUUUUUAAAUGAAGCCUCCCUCUUUCAUACUGUUAUGGUCAUGGUUAUGAGUGUAUGGCUUAAACUCCUUUAUGUACAAUAGCUACUACCAUUUUCUAGUAGAAUGUUCUUUUUAAGUAACACUGCAUAUUCUGUAGCCCCUGAUGGGGUAUUGACUGAUUGGUCCACUGUGACUGAGCUUUUAAACCGAAAAAAAGAAGAAAAAAAAACAAACAGAUGGAAUGAAAUGGACUCAUUGUGUAUUUAUCCUACUGUUUUUACCGAACAAAUGUCAAUGAUUUUUUUUGUUUUGUAUUUGCUUAUUUGUUGAUUUUUUUGUUUUUUUGUUUUUCUGUUGAAUCCUGGUCCUCCCUACCCUGUGUACACACGCUUCAUGUUCAACAGCACCAUAGCGAUAGUCACAUGCUCCUUUUUAAAAGUUUGUGUUUCAAGACUUUUAGCUUCAAAAUAAAGGCUAGAUAUUAACACAGCAGAUUUGUUGAGGUAGGUGUGGGAGUAUUAGAUUGCAGCUGGGGAAGUUUUUAAUGUGUGCUUCAAGAGGCUCUACGCUCUUUGCAUAGGUUGUUAAGGUAUAUAACGUGCAGUCACGUACAGUAUGUGUUUCAGGCAUUUGGUUUUAAGUGGCUUAAGCUUCAAGCCUCAGUUAGCUGAUCAUUUGUGUUCCAGAAGAGACUAACAACUAGCCUAUUAUUUGUGAUGAGACCCUGCAUUGUCCUACAUCGCUAUAACAGUUGAGCUUUACACUCGCUGAAACGUUUUCAUAGUGAGCGUUUGGUUUACUAUUUCAACAGUAUAUUGCAUGUUUAACUAACAUAAAGACUGUGUACUACAAUGAAUUGAAUUUGAAACAAUUCUACACUAGACAUGUUCAUCAAUGGAUGGUUCACACUAGGUUAUCUUUCAAAAUUCCAUUAAAACAUCAUUGCAAGGCA